GUCACAUUGUUGUAUCUUGUGUCAUGCUGUGAGAAGGAUACACAUUAUUUGAAGGAUGGUACAUGCUGUAAGAAGUGUGGACCAGGUAAGCGGAUGUUGGUGGAUGAUAACUGCGAGGACCCGCGCUGUCAGGACUGCCAAGACGGAGAAUAUCAGAGUGGCUACACAAGCGAAAACAGAUGUGAGCGCCAGCCCAGCUGUGACCCUAGUGAAUGUAAAUCUGGAUAUGUUCAGAACACUCCUGGCAGUUCAACCUCAGAUCAGACCUGUGUGGCUGGUACACCCAAUUACAGAGUUCUCAUUGGGGUGGGAGUUUCUCUGUUAAUCGUCGCAAUUGCAGUAUUCGUUUUCAUUAAAAAAAGAAAAUCUGGAUGUUAUAAGCUCCACAAAAAAACCAUAGAGGUCUUAACACAUGGAGAAAAUGAAGAUGUGGAGAGAGCAUACCGACCAGUAAUUCAACAGCCUCAGGAGAACAUUGACCACAGCGUGCCCGUGAGCCCCACGCUAAGCAACUUGACUGACAAUGGAAAUUACGUAGCACAAGAGGAUGGCAAACUCACUAUUACCCCAACUACUGAAUCAAAUUCAUUUUCGUAGAGCACAGUCUUCUGCAAAGUACAGACAGCUGUGCUCCCAUCAUGUUACAAUCAUCUAUAUAAAUAGAGCAUUACACUAUAAAGCACUGCUUUACUCUAAAUGUCUUCAUGUGUCUUACAUGUGUCUUAAAUAGCCUGACUGAAACAUGAAAUACUUAUAAGUACAAAUAUAUAAAUACUACUCACUGCUGCUGAGUGUUCGCAGUUGCAUUAGCACUUGCAUGUGAUUGUUACAAUAUGCUGAAAUACAGAGUUCUGGCAUGAAACUCUAGAUGGCGCACGGUCCGAUAGGUCUAACUCAAUCUGACACAGCUGAUUGGUUCUCUCCUGUAUCGAGCCAAUGAGCUCGCUGCUCAACAUUCAGAUAUAUGACUAGGGCUUGCCGUAGCAGUGGCAGCUUGCU